UUCUUUUCAAACACGUGUUUACGUGUAAUGCUCGUUAUGAGCGAUUAUGAUACUAAAAUAGCACUAAAUUAAAACAAAAUGAGUUUGUACAACUUUAAAAAGAUUGCUGUAGUCCCUACAGCUAAGGACUUUAUAGACAUAAUUUUAUCGAAAACACAAAGGAAAACUCCUACAGUCGUUCACAAGCAUUAUAAAAUAUCAAGAAUACGUGGGUUUUAUAUUAGAAAAGUGAAAUAUACCCAGCAGAACUUCCACGACCGACUGUCCAGAAUUAUUCAGGAAUUCCCAAAGUUAGAUGAUGUCCAUCCAUUUUAUGCUGAUCUCAUGAACGUAUUGUACGACAAGGAUCAUUACAAACUUGGACUCGGACAGCUGAAUACAGCCAGACAUCUUAUUGACAAUGUCGCAAAAGACUAUGUGAGACUGUUAAAAUAUGGAGAUUCGUUGUAUCGGUGCAAACAGCUCAAACGUGCGGCUCUGGGUCGCAUGGCCACCAUCAUGAAACGGCAAGGAGCUAAUCUUACAUACCUGGAACAGGUCCGUCAACAUUUAGCACGUUUACCAUCGAUAGAUCCCUACACCAGGACGAUAAUCAUCUGUGGAUUCCCAAAUGUCGGAAAAUCAAGUUUUAUUAAUAAAAUAACACGUGCUGAUGUGGAAGUGCAGCCAUAUGCGUUUACCACAAAGAGUCUGUAUGUUGGUCAUACUGAUUACAAAUAUUUGAGAUGGCAGGUGAUAGACACCCCUGGAAUCUUGGAUCAUCCAUUGGAAGAACGCAAUGUUAUAGAAAUGCAAGCGGUCACAGCUUUGGCUCAUCUCAGAGCUGCCAUACUAUACUUCAUAGAUCCGUCUGAGCAGUGUGGCCAUAGUAUUGAAGACCAGAUAUCCCUAUUCGAAAGUAUAAAGCCUUUAUUCACAAGCAAACCCCUAAUAGUAGUGUUAAACAAGAUGGAUGUGGUCAAACCUGAAGAGCUGUCUCCGAGUAAGAAACAGUUGCUGGACGAUCUGACCGAAACAUGCUCUAAAGGGAAUCUUGUCAAUGCGGAUUCAAAUUCUGAUCUGUCCGUGGUGCCGGUGAUGCGGAUGUCCACUGUGACUGAAGAGGGCGUGCAGGAGGUCAAAAUUGAAGCCUGCGAGAGGCUGCUGGGACACCGGGUCACAGAGAAGAUGCGGACAAAGAAGGUGGACGGCAUCUUGAACCGGCUCCACGUGGCGGUGCCGGCCCCGCGCGACGACAAGCCGCGCCCGCCCGUGCUGCCGCCCUCGGUCCUCGCCAAGAAGGAGAAACAAGCAGAGAAGGAGAACCGGAAGAGGAAACUGGAGAGGGAGAUCGAGGUGGAGCUCGGCGACGACUACGUACUCGACUUGAAGAAGAACUACACGGAGAUCGCGGAGGACGAGCGCUAUGACGUCAUCCCGGAGAUCUGGGAGGGACACAACAUCGCCGACUACAUCGACCCGGACAUCUUCGAUAAACUGGCAGAGUUGGAGAAGGACGAGGAACUGCGCGAGGCUGGCGGCAUGUACGCCGCGCCCAAGAUCGAGCUGGACGACACCGUGAGGGAGAUCAGGGAACUGGCCCGGCAGAUACGCAACAAGAAGGCCAUUCUCAAGGACGAGUCUCGCCUGGUGAAGCAGUCCACGAAGCCGGUGAUGCCGCGCACCUCGCGAGCCAAGACCAAGCAGAGGUCCACCUCCAAGCUCAGGAAGGACAUGGAGAAACUCGGCGUGGACAUGUCGGAGACCGGCGACGCGCACUUCACCCGCGCCCGCCCCCGCUCCCGCUCCCGCUCGCUCUCCGCGCCGCCCGCCAAGCGCGCGCGGGAACCCUCCAACCAGCCCGUGGCCGACCCCAUCAUGCGCGUGAAAGUAAAGAGGAUGGCCCACGCGGCCAUCGCCAAGAAGACCAAGAAGAUGGGCCUCAAGGGAGAGGCGGACCGGUUCAUCGGCACCAAGAUGCCGAAGCAUCUGUUCGCUGGAAAACGUGGGGUCGGCAAGACGGACCGGAGAUAGUGCACCAGCAGACAGUGUGCUUUACCAAUAUAUAUAUUUAUACUAUAAA